AUGUCGAACCCAGUCCUCCGUCUGGGUAUCCUAGGCGCAUCAGAAACUAUCCAAACAACCAUCCUCCCAACUCUCGCCUCCCUCAAAACUCACUUCAAGCUCACCAUAAUCUACGACCAAAAUGACACCGUCGCGAAACACUGCCAAAAAGAGUUCAAUAUCACCCACAGCACCACCUCCACUCAGGAACUGCUCACCCACCCAGAGGUGGACCUGGUGCUGAAUCUCCUCCCCUUCGAAUACCAUGAGCAGUACACCAUCGCCGCUCUGGAGGCUGGCAAACACGUCAUGGUCGAGGUACCUCUCAGCCUCAGCAUCAACGGUCUACGUUGCAUCCGCAAAGCAACAGCGAAAGGCCUAGACGUGCGCUCAAACCACAGCACAAACAACGAUACAAUCUACAACCCGCCCAAAGUCUUCGUGGGCUGCGCACGUCGCUACGCGCCUUGUUUCACGGAUGUUUUCAAAAAAGAACUUGCCAGCCUUGACCGCGUGUAUUAUGCGCGGUGCCGUAAUAUCUCUGGUCCCAUGCGCAUUUCCACCCUCCAAGAACCCUCUGUUAAUGACACAAACGGAUCGAGCCUCAAUGCAAAUGGAUAUGGAGAUGGUCUCGUUCAGAAUGGCGCUACCAAGGGACACGACGAUGGCAAUGUUACCAACAACACUGACGGGGUAACCCCGAUCACAAGCGCGGAACACUUCGACGCCCUACUCACUGAUAUAUUCGGUGCUGAAGACCUUACCCCGGACCGUAUUGCUUUCUGUCGCUUCCUGGGUAACAGGGGUUGUCACGAUCUCUCUCUAAUGCGCGAGUCACUUGGUUUCCCCGAUGCAGUCGCCAACGUAGCGAUUACAGAUCCAUUCUACUCCACAAUCUUCCACUACACCGAUUCUGAAUCCAUCUGUGGUCCUUCUGGCGAGGGACACCCGUUCACAGUCAUGUACGAAACGGGCGUGGACUCUGUCCCGCGGAGUGACGCCCAUCUGACUGUCUACGGAGCUACAAAAACGAUCUCUGUGGAAUACGAUGUGCCCAGCUUGACCAGGCCGGCAGCUUGUGGCAGUGAGGGACAGGUGAAGGUCAUCGUGGAGGAGAUGGAAAGUGAGAAUGAGCACAUCAAUGGGAACGGAUCUGCGAAUGGGAACGGGGUCUCAAAAGGAAAUGGAUUCGUGCACCGUUCUCCCGUGAAGAGGACUGAGUACGUGAGCUCUGUUGCCGAGUCUUAUGAGCGUGAGUUCCUGGCCAUGCACUCGUAUCUUCAUCGUGGAUAUCAGACUGGAACUGGAGCUGAGGCCAAGACGACGGCUAAUGAUGCGCUGAUGGAUCUGCGGUUGCUGAAUAUGAUUUUUGAGCACUAUGAUCGGCAGUGUGGUACUAUUCGGACUCCUUUAGGUUAA